GGUGUUUGCAUCGAGAGGCGGACAGCUACGGAAGUGGUGAAAUUCUCACAACUCGCCCUCUCCACCUCCGCCGGAACCGCCGCCACCGCCGCCACGUGACCUCCUCUUUCAUCUCUCACUCUUCAAUCUCCAUUGCAUUUCUUUCAACACUAAAAACAAGUUUUAGUUCCACUUUUGCAAGAACUACAGAUUUGAUAAUUGGAUGAAACCGUUGUAACUUUUUUAUUUGUUCCAAGUGGAUUUUAGAAUUUCAAAAUUUCAGUGAGUGCGCGAGCGAUUUUGGGGGAAUAUGCAUGUUAUGGCGUUUGACUACUGUUAGAAUUACUGAAUUUUUGUUUCAACUUCCAAGAGGCGAUUUGAUCAGAAAUGGCUGGGAACGAGUGGAUAAAUGGCUAUUUGGAAGCGAUAUUGGAUACUGGUGCUUCCGCCAUUGAAGAACAGAAGCCGACGCCGGCGAAUUUGAGCGACAGAGGCCAUUUCAAUCCGACGAAAUACUUCGUCGAGGAAGUCGUCAGCGGCGUUGAUGAAUCAGACCUUCAUCGGACAUGGCUGAAGGUCGUCGCCACUCGCAAUACGCGCGAACGGAGCUCCAGGCUCGAGAAUAUGUGUUGGCGGAUUUGGCAUCUCACUCGCAAGAAGAAACAGUUGGAAUGGGAGGAGCUUCAACGGUUAACAAAAUGGAGAUUGGAGCGGGAACUAGGACGGAUGGAUGUAACAGAAGAAAUGUCAGAAGACUUAUCAGAAGGAGAAAAGGGGGACGCCGUGGGUGAAACGGUGCAAAACGAGGCCGUGCAGAGCGAGACCUCGAAGGUUCCACUCCAGAGGACUAUUUCCAACUCGGAAGAGGAAGAUAAAAGUGAAAGGAAACUUUAUAUUAUUCUUAUCAGCUUGCACGGUUUGGUUCGGGGAGAUAACAUGGAGCUUGGUUGUGAUUCUGACACUGGUGGACAGGUCAAGUAUGUUGUAGAGCUUUCUCGUGCUCUAGCACAAAUGCCAGGGGUAUACAGGGUGGACCUUUUUACGAGGCAGAUCUUGUCACCCGAAGUCGAUUGGAGCUAUGGUGAGCCAACGGAGAUGCUAAGUGCAGGAACGGGAGAUGGGGAAGGUGAUAUCGGAGAAAGCAGUGGAGCGUAUAUCGUAAGGAUUCCGUUCGGUCCACGGGAUAAGUAUCUCCAAAAAGAAUUACUGUGGCCCCAUAUCCAAGAGUUUGUAGAUGGAGCUUUAGCUCAUGUUCUUAAUAUGUCCAAAGCUUUAGGUGACCAAAUUGGUGGUGGUCAGCCUGUUUGGCCAUAUGUCAUCCAUGGACAUUAUGCCGAUGCUGGGGAUAGCGCUGCUCUUCUCUCGGGUGCUUUGAAUGUUCCGAUGGUGCUGACGGGACACUCGCUUGGAAGAAACAAGCUCGAACAGCUUCUUAAGCAGGGACGCCAAUCGAAAGAAGAUAUUAAUUCAAACUAUAAGAUAAUGAGGAGGAUUGAAGCAGAAGAGCUUUCUCUUGAUGCUGCAGAACUUGUGAUUACAAGCACCAAACAGGAGAUCGAAGAGCAAUGGGGACUUUAUGAUGGAUUUGAUGUCAAACUCGAGAAGGUAUUACGUGCACGUGCUCGACGUGGAGUCGUUUCCCAUGGUCGAUACAUGCCGAGGAUGGUGGUCAUUCCUCCCGGCAUGGAUUUCAGCAAUGUCGUGGUUACUGAAGAUGCCCCUGAUGAUGGCGAGUUGACACUACUUAGCGACGGGUCCUCUCCGAAAGCAAUUCCGACGAUAUGGUCUGAUGUGAUGCGUUUUCUUACAAACCCCCAUAAACCGAUGAUAUUGGCGUUGUCGAGGCCAGACCCGAAGAAGAAUAUAACGACUCUCUUGAAAGCCUUUGGAGAGUGUCGUCCAUUGAGAGAACUUGCUAAUCUAACGCUGAUCAUGGGAAAUAGGGAAGAUAUUGAUGAGAUGUCGGCUGGUAACGCUAGCGUGCUCACAACAGUUAUAAAGUUUAUCGAUAAAUAUGAUCUAUACGGUCAAGUUGCAUAUCCGAAACAUCAUAAGCAAUCCGAUGUUCCAGACAUAUAUCGACUCGCAGCAAAAACAAAGGGUGUUUUCAUUAAUCCAGCACUGGUCGAACCGUUCGGACUUACCUUGAUUGAGGCUGCUGCACAUGGGCUCCCGAUGGUGGCAACGAAGAACGGCGGACCGGUUGACAUUCAUGAAGCCCUACACAAUGGUCUUCUUGUUGAUCCUCAUGAUCAGCAAGCAAUUUCUGAUGCUUUGCUGAAAUUACUAUCAGAGAAGAACUUGUGGAAUGACUGUAGGAAAAAUGGUUUGAAGAACAUACACCUGUUCUCCUGGCCAGCGCAUUGCCGCACGUACAUGACUCGAGUGGCAGCCUGUCGAAUGAGGCACCCGCAGUGGCAAACCAUCACCCCGGGCGACGAAAUAUCCACAGAGGAAUCCUUCAAUGAUUCUCUUAAGGAUGUACAAGAUAUGUCGCUUAGACUUUCGGUUGAUGGAGAAAAAACAUCGCUGAACGCCUCGGUCGAUGUAGCUGCAUCCAUUGAUGACCCUGAUUUGCAGGACCAAGUGAAGCGAGUUUUGAACAAGAUAAAGCGGUCGGGGAAUGAACAGGCAGACAUCGAAAAGGGGAAUAAAAUGCUGGAGAAUAUCCCUGGAAAGUAUCCGGUUUUGAGACGACGACGCAGGUUGAUCGUUAUAGCACUUGACUGCUAUGACAGCAAUGGGGCUCCAGAAAAGAAGAUGAUCAAGAUAUUGCAGGAGAUUAUUAAAGCUGGUAAUCUCGACACUCAGGUUGCACGUGCUUCGGGUUUCGCUCUAUCAACAGCAAUGCCAUUAGCAGAGACCACAGAAUUCUUAAGGUCUGGAAAGAUCCAACUAAACGAAUUUGAUGCCUUGAUCUGCAGCAGUGGCAGUGAGGUUUACUACCCAGGUUCUUAUGAAGAAGAUGGAAAACUGUACCCUGAUCCAGAUUACGCAACGCAUAUCGAUUAUCGUUGGGGAUGCGACGGUUUGAGGAAAACGAUUCUUAAGUUACUGAAUGCAUCUGAAGACGAUUCAGACAAAUUUCGUAGUCCGGUUCAGGAGGAUAGAACAUCAAGUAAUGCACAUUGCAUCUCUUACUUAAUAAGGAAUCCCAGCAAGGCAAUGAAAGUUGAUGAUUUGAGGCAGAAACUCCGGAUGCGUGGGCUACGGUGCCAUCCAAUGUAUUGCCGAACGUCGACUCGAAUGCAAAUCGUUCCGUUACUUGCAUCAAGAGCUCAGGCUCUCAGGUAUCUUUUCGUGCGAUGGAGACUGAACCUUUCGAACAUGUACGUAUUUCUCGGGGAGGAAGGGGACACUGACUAUGAAGAGAUGAUAGCGGGGACUCACAAGACGAUAAUCAUGAAAGGAAUGACGAGCAAGGGGUCGGAAGAUCUGCUGAGGACAUCGGGAAGCUAUACAAGAGAUGACAUAGUUCCAGGUGAGAGCCCACUGGUGACAUUUGUUAAUGGGGAUGCAAAUGCUGAAGAGAUUGCAGGUGCUAUUAAGAAAGUUUCAUUAUCUGCCUCCAAAAUGUGAGCUUCACCUUCCUUUUACUCUGCUUUCUUCUUUCUUUUUUUUUUCUUUUUUCUCUUUGUAUGGUGUUUAUAGCUGUUGAGCUUAAGAACUUGCUAUUGUUGUUGAAGAUUAUAUGUUCAUUGCCAUCUCUCUUCUUUA